GCGGGGCGGGGCGGGGCUGGGGCGGGAAACAUUACACCACACCAUGACAUUACGGCUGACGGGGCCCUGACAAGUUCUCAAGGUCGAUAACUGGUAUGACGCACAGCACCCCCGCUCCACCAGCACAGCAGCACCCCCUCCGCACAGCACUCCCUAUUAUUAAACCCCUCGAAGCCUCGCUACAUCUACUUAAAAAAGGGUCUUCAUGGGUGGAUUUCAUGGCCCUGGCGGUAGUUUUGCAAGGCUUCCGCGCUAUGAACGGGAAUAACACCUUGAGAAUUUAACGUCGCACCUUUCUGGCCCCUAAAAAACGUACUUACAAGGACUCGAAACGUUUGAUAAUGCGAAUGAGCAGCAAAUAAAGGGAUUGGCAGGAUGGUGCUGCUGAGUGUGAGCGUCAUUGCCUUGGAUGACGAAUAGUAAUAAAAAUGUAAUGACUCCAGUAACAUGUGCAGCUAGACAAAGAAAGGCCACUGAAAUGCGUCGCAGCUGAUAAUAAGCCUUGUGAUGCCCUGCAGGUCCCCUCUGUAGUACUUUCUCACAGCUACUUUCUCUUGCACUGCUCCAGGGGUGAGGGAGCAGCUAGUACAAGGUGGUGGUGGUGGCAUGUGGUGAUGGAGCCGCGGCGCAGUGGCAGGGGCAGCUCAUCAGGAGGAGGACCUGGCGUCGCUCACAACCUCAGAAUAGAGAACGCUGCGGGCAUGUCUCACAUCCCUGCUAGUCUGUCUAAUUUAUCCAUGGGACCAUCAAGUGGGCCCGCCAUCAUGAGCUCCUUAGCUUCUGAUGUGCAUUACGACAACUGCUUCAACUCCUUGGCCUCUCAGCAGAGCAGCAUCACGCCAGACAUCCUGAACACAGAGAUGCGCAGUGUUGACCUGGGGCCUGUUGAGAGGAGAUGCUUCAAGCUCAUCAAUGAGAAGGAGGAGUUGCAGGUGAAGGAUGCAAGGGAGUUGCUGUGCAAGAUGGGUUGUCCCAGUGAAAAGAGCCUCAACAUCAAGGUGGUGUCUGUCUUCGGCAACACUGGUGAGGGCAAGUCGUACACCCUCAACCAGAUUUUCUUCAAUGGAUCUGAAGUCUUCAAGACGAGUGCCAACCAGAGCUCGUGCACCCUGGGUGUGUGGGGGGCCUAUGAUCCCCUCAAUAAGGCCCUUGUCUUGGACACUGAGGGCAUGCUGGGCAUCAGCAACACCUCCAAGCAAAGGAAGCGACUCUUGCUAAAGGUACUUGCCAUUUCUGACAUCAUCAUCUACAGGACUCGAGCUGAGCGCCUCAACACAGACAUGUACAAAUUCUUGGCUGAAGCUUCAAGGGCAUACACCAAGUACUUCCGUGAUGAUCUUGCGGCUGUGGCUCAGAAGGCAAAGUGUGACAGCAUCUUUGGCCCUCCAGUGUUUAUAUUCCAUGACACCCGGCACACUAAUGUGCUAACAGAAGAGAUGGGCCAAAAACCUGAAGAGCAGCUUAAGGAGAACUUCACCAAGCAGGACCUCAAGAUUGAGGGUUUCAACAGCAUACACUAUAUAGGCGAGAGAAACAACGGGAGGGACACUGACUUCAAGAGGAUCAGGAAGGCUGUCUUUGAUGAGCUUCAGAACAACAGUGUCAGGUCUCCCCGUCAACCUAAAAUUAUCUUAGACAUGCUGAAUACCAUCAAUAAGAAAUUCAGCGGCCAGAUCCAGAGUAGUGAGCCAGCCUUCCCUGACGAGUACUUCACAUGCACCAGCGUGUGUGAGGCAUGCCAGGCCCGCUGCUGCCUCUUUAUGAACCAUUCCCAGCAUGACAAUGGCUCAAAGCACCACCAGGCUGAGCGCCAGUGUAAAUACCACCACCAGUUUGAUAAUAAGGUGUUCCUGUGCCGGAAGUGUGACUACAACGGUGAGCGUAGCCUGGUGGUGCCCAAGACAUCUUCUGCCAAGGACAGUACAUGGCUGGGCCUUGCUAAGUUUGCUUGGUCAGGAUAUGUGUUGGAGUGUGAGAAGUGUGGCAUCAUCUAUCGCAGUCGUCAGUACUGGUAUGGCAACGAGUCGCCUGACAGGACGGUGGUCAAGGAGGAGUACCAGCACGUGUGGCCUGGCAGUGUCUUGGGCAGUGCAGCUCAUGCCGGCAGACAGGUGCUGGAGGGUGUGGCAGCACUGGGCUCUGCCAUCUCCACCAUAUCAUCACCCCCAGCCAAGGUUGUCUCGGCCUGGCUCACAAACCAGGUGAACCCAGCCUACUGGAAACCCAAUCACCUCUGUACGCACUGCAAGAUUUGUCGGAAGCUUCUUGACACCAUUCACCACUGCCGCAAAUGUGGUGAUGGAUUUUGUGAUACUUGCUCUGAGGAAAAAAUGGCAGUGCCUGAGCUGGGCUGGGGAGACGAGCCAGUCAGGGUGUGCAAGAACUGCUUCGAGGCCAGAAAUAGUGAGACUGAAGAGGUUGAGGACUAUGACUGGACAAGUGAUGCUCAGACAGUGCGGGCCAGGCAGGUCACUGAGGUCAUAUCAGGAACUCUGGCAACUGUUGCAAAAUAUCCGCUUGAUUUUCUGAAGGACAGCACUCGUCCUUCCUAUUGGAUCCCGGAUGAGAUGAUCACCAACUGUGUGGUGUGCGAUGCAGAGUUUGGGCCACGCCUUCCCCUGCACCACUGCCGAGCAUGUGGCCAGGGUGUGUGUGAUGUCUGCUCUCCUAACCUGCAGGCUGUCAAGGAGCGUGGAUGGGACCACCCGGUUAGAGUUUGUAACAACUGCAUCAAGUAGUAAAACAAUGGAUUUCAAAUAUGACUAAAUUGUUUUCUGGAUUAUCAUAUUUUAGAGUUACCGGUAGGAAAAAAUAUUCUCAGGAAUAUAUGAUUUUAACCAAUUGAAAAGAUUGCAGAUUCAUGUUUUAUUCAUUUAUAUUAUUAUUGUCCUUCACUUCUUUCAGUUUUAUCAACACCUAGAGUGGUAUUGCAUGAGGUUAUAAGUUUAUUUAACUUAAGUUAUACAGGCAACCCUUUACUUUACAAACAGGUUACAUUUUUGAAAACCCUUGCUAUGCAAAAUUUCAUUGUGCAAGGCCAUUAUUAUCGACUAAAUGAAGUUUUGGGCCGUAUUCUUAAAUCAAACUAAUGUAACCACAGUCCCCACACAUCCGACAAUGAUAUUCUUAAACAACCAUCGUGCCCGUGGCUACCACAGUUCCGACAGUCACGAAGGGUGUAUUCUUAUACGCCACCUCUGGGACCGUGGUACUGAUCAAAGCACCAAAUUGUCGGGAGACUUUGUCGGGUCCGUCACCCCUUCUCACAAAUAUUGUGGGGCGUGUUAUUUUGUCCCUGAUUUGCAACGUCUUUGAGGAUACUAGACAUUCAGAACACUUCUGCUACUCUCCCCGAAGUGUUAAGAGCAAGUUGAGUAAAAAGCAGUGCCUCAUAUUCAUCAAAACAAGCAAAGAAGAGAGAUCGUCUUCGCUGCCCCACCAGGGGGCCCAAGCCCUCCUGGACCCCCACGGAUCCCAACAUGAUACUAAUCAUCUAUGCUCCACCGGUAAAACUAGACAAAUACAACAAUAUAUGAGACCUUACAAAGAAAAUUAUUCUCUUGGGGUUAAAACCAAAUAAAUAGUGAUGAGUUGAAGUUAAAUAAUCAUUCCGUAAUGUUUAUAACACAUUUUACAUAUAGCUACCAUUUGCAGAGGCUAUGAAAUGAAUACUAAAAUAAACAAUUUCAUCUUAUAGAGAAAAGCCUCCUGAACACGAUGGUGUAUACAGAUUUUUUAUAAAACGCCAAAUAAGUGAAGCAUGGAACUGUUUAUAAAAACAUUUCACGUUAUCCCUUGUUUGCUCCGCCGGGGGUGGGUGCGAGGCUAUAUUGGUUUGUGGCAGUUUGCGGGCCUCGUUGCCAUGACAACCUUCGCCUCGCCUUGCUUUUCGUGUGGCCACAGAAACUCCCCUUGCCGCUCUCGCUAGCUUUCUCGUUCCCUGUGUGGCUGUGGCCUCAGUGAGAGCCAGUGGCAUUGUUGAGUGAUGCUGUAAUUUCCCAAGCCUCCUUUUUCUUUUUUAUUAUUGCAUGAUUCGUUCUUCUGUCAAGUACUACUACUCGGUGUCUCUACAAGCUCCAGAAGUAGAGCAACUUCAUUUUGGGAUGAAUAUCGCUUAGUUUCCUCCUUUGUUGACUUGAACACAGCGCGCAGGGUAUCAGGUGCAGUCGGCGUUUUGACCGUCAGAACGUUGAGAUAGACCGAACAACAAGGGAUAUUGUUACAAAUUAAAUUUUCUUGUGCUGCCAGUGUUACCAAAUCCCACCCGACAAAUCCGAGUGUUUAAGAAUAUGCAAAUUGUGACAACCCGAACAUUAGUGUCGUUGUCGUUGCCGAUUUCGUGAAAUUUAAGAAUACGGCCCUUUGUUCUAGGAUCCCGAUUUUCCUCCAUCCAGCAAUAUUAACCCUCUCUCCUCACUCUGAAUCAGUACAGGCAGUCCUUGAGUUAUGGUGGGGAUUGGGAGCGACAGUCUGGUCGUAAGUCAAAAAAAAAAAAAAAAAAAAAAAAUCAAUGUCCUGCAGCAGAUAGAGAAACGUUGCCACACUUCGUACCCUCUCCCUCUACCUCGCCUCUGUCCUCAUACUCUCGCCUCACCUUAGCCCUGCAGUUAGUUGACUCUUUAUACUUACAAUGUUUUGCUAUCAAGUUUUGCCAAGAUGGUGGCUGAACAACUGUCUGGUUUGACUAAUCCCCGCACCCACCUGCAGGGAAUUAUGGGGGCUAAUGGGUGAACCAAAAGUAGCUGAGACUUGUACCUGUGGAAAUAACUGGGUAGACUCACUCCACCCUUGCUCGGCUCAUGUGACACCCAACUGGUGUCUGCUAGAUAUAGCAGUAUGAUUGUAUAGCAGACUGUAGGCCUUAAAACUGGUUGAAUAGUAACUAGCAACUGCAAUGUGAAUAGUGCUGACAGCUUGAGUUCCAAGGGCAACUGAGGGUUAAGGGUGGGUGGGCUGGCUCAGCCCACCCACCCUUACCCCCUCCUGCCAGCACGUGAGGGCUGAGGAUGGCAGCAGGGUUGGGGUGGGGGUGGAAGGGGAGGCACCAGAGCGCUGUGUAAAUAAACAGCUGCUCUACCCACAGUCUAAUCAUUCCUUAACUAAGUAUUACUAAUAUUAUUGGCCUGAGCGAAAGUUGCAUAUGUCGUAACUGAAGGACUACCUGAUUUGGGUAUUUAAUGACUCCCAUUUCCUUAAUUUACAAUAUCUGUGAUUUAACAUGCAGCUGACUGCCCCCCCCCUCCAGAAAAGUAACACUGUUGACUUGAAAGGAAUUGCAGGAGGGUGAUUUGCACUGGCAGGCUCACCUGUAGUCUGGAUGUUGUGGAGGCUUGCCUGCUUUCUAAAAUGAUAAAACCAACCCUCUCUGGAAGUAAACAGAUUUAAUGGCUGCUCACCCUGACAACUUAGCCUAGAUAUCACUCCACAAAGGCCUUGGCAGUGACCACGGUAGUACAGAGAGUCUUGCAUCAGUGUAAGCACAGGGCAUUUAAGAAAUAUUUCAUGUGUGGUGGUGAGGUACGUACUGUGCUGUUUUGGGUGGUGGGGCAGAAGUGAAUAGUGAGUGUUUCCAUUAAUGGUGCUGGGGGGGGGAUAGGGGAGGCAGUAGGGGAGGGAGGAGGGCUGUUGGCAGACAUUUGCUAACUGACAGCAUGCCUAGUUUUGUUGUGAAUUUUGGUGAUUGUUAGGUGAGAGAAGUGUUGUAAAAUGCAAUCCUUGUUUAACCCCUAAGGGAUGCAAAAAAUCCAAUAGGUGACUGGAUAAUGCAAAAAAUAGCCAGUUUUCAAGUACAUUUCUCGUAAAAACUCGUUUAAUAAAAGUUUCACAGAAUUUCAAGCCAAUUUUGAUGGUUAAAAUGUUUUGUCAAUCGUUCUUGCAAUUACCCCGGAAAUUAUGGGAAACUGAAAAUAAGCUGAAUUUUCAGAUUCAUUAGAUAACAAAUUUCAUUGAACAAACGUUAUAGAUAUCGAAGAGACAAACACAAUAAUGUAAAAGUUGAUGAAAACUCAAUGUACCAACAUCAAGGAAGGUCAAAAGUAGUGCGAUAUGGCAUGUCCCAUACAUACAUGUAGCUAACUGCAUCCUUCAGCAGCUUUGGAACUUUCCACAGCUUUAGUGCCUGAUUUUUGGGCGGUGCAGUGAGUCCUAUGUGCUGGGGUGUUCAUCAUCUGAGUCGGAAAUUUUUUGAAUGGGCAGGGAAGCGCGGGGAGGUGGGGCAGCUGGACAAGGGACUUGUGGCUUGAUGGGGGUUGAGUUGAAUCCCAGAGCCAAAGUACCACUGUCAGAAAGGUCAGAAUCUGACGAUAAGAGCUGUGGGUUGUCUGCAUCCCAUUCAUUGUCACUGGACACGGUAAACUCACUAUCCAAGAGAGCGUCCCUUAUCCAUCACAACUAGCCAUGUGACUGGGCCUUUAAGCCUAUGUAUGAGUGUAUUUAGGCCUAAGAUUGUUGAUUAAUGUAUUUCAGAUGUAGAACAAUUGUGAAGGUCACGAGGUAACAAGGGAAAGAAAAUUAGACGAGGCGUUCGCGUGCAGGACAUUCGUCCUCUUACAGAACUCACCAAUAUUUCAGCCUUUGGGCCACUCAUCCUUUAGGGGUUAAGCAAUUUUUUGUUGGAUUAAUGUUCACAAAGUGGGGGUUGCCUGCACUUCAACAAUUUACACAUUUAAAAAGUUUUGCAUUCACUUCAUAUAAUAAACCAUCUUCUAUUUUUUUUUCUAAUUUCUGAAACUGCUAAUGAUUGGCUACAGAAGCAGGAGCUGUAAGCAACUAAUGCUGCACAUACUCAAUCAGCCACUGAAACGUCUCAUCCAUGUAAUAGUUUAUUCAGACUACUCAUUAAUAUUGUUUUUAUUCAUGUGGAUUUCAUCAUCUUUCCUAUUUUUUCACUGUAGUCUCACUUCAUACAGUCUUCCACUGAUUCACUUUCUCUUUAAUUCCACCAUUUAGUUUUUACUUUUUUAAAUUUUUUCUUAAGGCUGAAUUACUAUUCAGGUCAUCUUCAGAAGGACACUUACAGUGAUGAAAACUAAGCUUUAAUGUUUACUAUUUCAACAAGUGAAGGACUAAGGUGUCAGUUUGUAAGUAUGCUUAAUGUUUAUGGGGAUCAUUCAUUACAUUGUAAUUUGGAAACAGUAAUCAAGGAUAAUCAUCAGACAUAAUUUACAAAAGUACAACCAAAGCAUUGUAAAUUGCAUGUUAAAGGAGUGGGUCAUGUGAAACCAGGUGCUCUUGCAUUGGUACUGGAUGCUCCUUAACCUUGUGGAAAUCAUUACUCUGUUGUACACAAGGAAAAAACAUGCCAAGGCAAUUCAUUUGUAGAUAUUGAUCUCACUUCUUAUUUGAGAUGUGUUCAGAAUGAAGAAAGGACUGUUAGUUGGGCAUCGAAGAAGUAACACAUAAUGUCCAAUAAUUGCUGCUUGACUGGUAUGUGAAAGUAAAGUUGGGGCAAACACUAUAGAGGCAAUGCCCGGCUAUAAUGUGACUGUUGUACCUUGGAAAAUGGUAAUUUGUUUGAUUUCAGAGUAGCCAGUUUCUUGAUAAAUAUGUUGCAAGGUGCCCAACCAGAUUUUUGAGGAAAACAAAGCAGUUUAUAUUUCCUACAUGUGUGUGAUGUGUUGGUCUGGAGGCGUGGCGGGUCUACCAGUUACCAGACCAAAUAAAUAGAAACCAAGGCAAUAGUUCUAGUAAUAUAAUUGUUUAUAUAGUGUGAGGAAUACAUAUAUUUGUUCACUACCACUAAAAAUGCAGAUAUAGAGCCUAUAUAAAUUUUUUCUUAUGUUAUUGCUCACACUAACCCUUACUGGUCUGUUGUGGAGUCACUUGAUUACACUGAUGUAUGGAUAAUGCACCAGUGUUCGUCUCAGACGACAUUUGUUUAGAACACAGACUGUUGAGUAUAUUUCAUGAAAAAAUGUGAUAACCAAUAAUUAUAAUCCCUUGAAGUUCCAGUAAAUAUGACAGCAUUUUGAUAUUGUUUAAAGUUAAAUGUGGUGAACAUGAUCAAUAACUCAACCCUGAUGUUCAAAUUGCUGUCUUGGCCAGACGUGUGCCAGUGUCCACAGGCCAGCAUCACCUUUGGGGUGUGAUAAUUUACAUCCCACUUGAACAGAGCACUGCCAAGCUUGAGUCAAGCACAAAACAGUUUGUGCUUGACCAAUAUUUCUAGAGCUUGGCUGUGUUUAGCUUAAAAUAAUAUCUGUGUAUCGUGUCUGGGUUUUCCUUUAGUUUGUCUUCAGGAUGUGCAAACUUUUGUUUCUGCAUGGUGGUGACCACAGAAAUGUUGAAUCAUGCAGAUUUCUGGUUAGGAAGCAUUUAAGUCUUUCAGCAAUGGUAUUUUUUCUUAUAGUGCAACACUGGAUGAGGCAAAUUUAUGGCAAGAUGUUUUAUCAGACAAAUGAAGUAUACAGUAUUGGAAGGGGAAAUAACAUCCAGAAAGUAGACGCUGCACAAAGGGUAGUCAUGAUGGUGUAAUUGAUGUGUUCCUGGAUGUCUCAACACCUCACUCUUGAUAGUGUCACAUCUGUAGUUAUGUAGUGUGUAUCCUUAACCAGGAAAAGUGUCUUUCAACAAAGAAUAAUUUAUAAGCAUGUGUAGAAUUAAUAAUAAUCCAAAGCAUAGCUAAAUGUGCCUGAAAACUGGCAGAAUUUAUAGGAUAUAAUAUUAUCACACAAGUGCAGUGCAUUGAAUUUUAAAGUCAGGAAUACAUGAAUACUACAAAACUAAUCAAGACAUUGGUGAUCCAAAUAAGUUUUCCCCAGUGUGCCAUCUGAAUUUAAGAUUGUAAAGACACCUCUGUAAGGUAAGUCUACCUACAGCAGGCAGGAGCAGAGUAAGAAUUGUAGGGUAGAGGCUAGGUAGGAGUAUGGUGGCUAGUCAACGGGCAGAUGGAUUUAGUCAGGAGCAUGUGAUGGGAGAUGUGAAAAUUUGAACAUUGCUUUGUCUUUAUCAUACCUGAGGCAUUUCAUGCAAUCCGGGUAAGGCUUCUGGGCUAAUCAAGGCAUCAAAAGUUGGCUUGGUAUAAAUUGAGUGUUGACUAUCCCAGGCAUGUCAGUCACCACACUCAUGCUUCUGAGGCUGUUUUGUUUACUACAGUGGUGAUGCUCCUCGCAGUCAGAUUGUACUCUCUCUGUGAAUGUUUUUCACAAGCUUGCCCUCCUUGCAAAGGAUGCCUCAUUACUCUAGUUGAUGAUCGGUUGUUUAGCAUUUUAAUUUAUUGAUAUUGGUGUAUUUGAUUACUUCUUGUCAUGAGUAAAUGAUCUUAAAAUUAAUCUUUACUUCUCUUUGGCGGUUUUAACAUUUUUAAUAAUGUUUUCAUAUUUCAGUAAUUUUUUUUAGACCCUGUAAUGCAAUGGGAAAAAAAGUAAAAAUAUUCACUCAAGACCCACACUCUUGGCAUGGUAGUAUUAGGAAAUUUAGUGUGUUGGUGCACUACACAUAUAGUACAUGAGUGUUAUAUACUUCAUGUUUUGUGAUAUUCUAUAUUUUAUAAAGAUAUGUACACAUUGUUCGUAGGAGAUUUUUAUGAGUCCAUGAGAACUGAUGACAGAAGUUAGCAGUGUUUGAAGGUGCCAAUGCCCUGCCAUCCUCAGUCCAGCGGAGUUGUUCAAAUCAGAUUCCUAAUGGGUCAUCAUGACAUUAUUUUUUCUCAUGUGCUCAAAUAUGUAAGAUAUUUUCAAAACGAUGAUAAUGGAGUCAUUUGUAUAUAAUUUUUAUAAUCAAGAUUGUUCAUUAUAAUAGUAUAUUUUUUUGUAAUUUUCAGUGCAUAUUCCUGUAAGUCAUGGAAGUGAGUUUGAUUGUAUAUUUCUUCAUUUUAUGUAUAUGGAUCAAUUUAUGGAAAACUCCUUCCUUUAGUUAUUCAGUGCUGCACUAUCCAAGGAGAACCUUUGCCACAGCCAACACUAGAUCCUGCCACAUUGUUAGGCAUCAAUUAUUGCUGAUCUUUUUUUCAGGUGCUGAAACCCAAGUUACCAGCAGCUAUUGCAGGAAAGUAUGUUUUUCAUUUUUCAGGUGAAAUGAUGCUACAUAGUCUUCUGAGUCUUACUCUUCUUAAGAAGUUGACUUGAGCACAGUAUGUUAUUUAAUGUGCUGUUUUGGUAGAACUCUGAAAAAAUCCAACAGCAGUUUUCAGAUCAGUAACUUUUGACAUUGCUGACUGGUUAAGUCAUUAUCAAAAAAUGUUCUUAAUGGGACUAUAUUACAAGCCAUGCAAUGUUAGAAAUUUAGUAAGGUACUUAGUUAAUAUUCAUUGAUUAGCCCUAGAUAGAUCAUUACAGCUAUGUACCCUAGGUAGGGUGAUAAGAGUGUGCUACAUGUCCAUGUGAAGGCUGCUGUGUGGAAAGUGUAAAACUGCAGAUUUCCAAACAGAGCAAAGCACUUGGCCACACAACCAUCCAGCCUCAAUGUUCAUGUUAAUAUAAGUUUGUUUUGAACAAAAGAUCACUUCCAUUCAUGAACGUGUUAUAUAUGUUUGUACAAUAACCUAUCAUGGAGAUGUGUUGUUAAGCUGUUGGUGAGGUUACUCCAAGAUGAAAAGUGGAGCUAAACCUGUAACAACAAAAAAAUAUUGGUAUAACCCAUCAGAUUUUUUGAGCUGUACAUUUUUUUGUCAGAAGUUUUUCUUUCUGGUGGUAUGCCCCAUAUGUGCAUACAGUUGCCAGAACUAAUAAGUCAUUCCAUUGGUUCCUUGGCUCGCUGUGUAAUAAAUGAUUUGCUGCUUUUUGUUACUGAUCAAAGGAUUUGUUUGAUGUUCAUGAACUUGAACCACAUUUUUCAUGUGACAGACCCUAAGUAUCUGUGGCCAUGGACAGAUGCAUAACAGUUUGCUGCACCACAAAUUGUGUGAAAUGUACGUAAUAAGUAACCUUCGCUGUUUGAAAUAUUAUAGAAAUUUUAUCAAAUUUGAUCUGUAAACAUAGUAAAAAGUUAACAUCAUAAUGUAUAUAUAACAAAAUUAGAGCAUUUUGUCAAUUCUUACCAGGUUGUGAUGGUAAGUCUGUGAAGUUUUCAUACCAACUUUUGGAAAUAAAGAUUAAAAACAUACCAAAAUUGUAUCAUAUUUUUUGUAUUUCAAAGUAUUCAGUCAUUGAUCCUCUAUCUAGCCAGUGAUACCCCUUUCCAAGUUUGUUGUUGUUGGGGGCUUCAGGGCCAGUGAUUAGUGCCUGAUGAGGUGGGGGGAGGGGACAGAACCUUGGGAGCACCUCCUUGGCCUGGCUCAACAAAUUUUGUGUGAACUUGACCCUCAUACUGUUUCCUCCCCUUCUUCAUCAUUCUCUUCUCUGCUCUCCACUAUCUCCCCUUUUUCCUAAGGUGUGAGAGCCAUGCCAAGGGAAUGCACCACAUGCUCAGCAAUGAAUGGCCCGAGUCAUGGUGAAUCCUUUAUUCCAUUGCCUGUACUCCUCAUGAGGGUCUUGAUGAGCUGACUAUAUAGUUCCUCCCUCCCCCCUUCUUAACCCUUUAAAGCCUACAUCUGAUGAUCGGCAGUCACCGUGCAUAGUGUGCAGAGUCCUACGCUUACCAAUCAGCUAGCUGUCAAAAACUGGUGCCAAGUUGUCUUGCCUCUUUACUGGUGUGAAUGGGAUGUAGUUGUAUCAUCCUCAGACCAUCUAACACUACUACUCAAUUUUCUGUGGGACUGACAAUAAGCACCAUCUUUGGGUGGAGUAGGUUGACUUUGUCAGCCAUGCCAUUACUGGUAAAGGUAAAGUUGGGUGCAUAUGCUAAAGCUGCUUGUGGCUGCAGUGUUCAUCUCUGUUGCAUUGGCCCUUUGAGGCUGUGGUGGGAAGAACCCAAUACCACUGGACACAGGCCUGUGUGAAGUCUGGUACUGUCACAUUUUAGCUUCCCCAGGUUUCCCCAGGUAGCUACAUAUCAACCAGCUUAAAAGGGAAAAAGAACAGCUGGGUGAGCUGCAACCCAACAGCCCGGGCCAAGAUUCGAACCCAGAUCAACAGGUUUGAAGCUGCUCCAUAGAGCCGCUAUGCCAUUAUUGUCUGUUUGGUAAAUUGGCCAUGAUGGACAGUGUGGAUUAAUAUUUAUGGCAAUCAACUCACCCUAAGACCUGGGAGGAUUUAACACAUUUGAGUCUCAAGAGGACUUACCACCCUCAACCCCACCUCCCCUGUGGGUGUACCCUCCUCUCCUCCUAAACAACCCUGAUCAUCCUGUUUUGCAAAAUUCUGGAAAUUCCUUCUUUCAGUACACAAGAGGUCCGUUUGCUUUUGCCAUGUCCCUGGCCAUGUAGGUAUUUACAGUAACAGUCGUGUUGAUGCACUCUGCUGCUGUGAUAACAUAGCCCUGUCUUACAACCACUCAGGCUCUGACUCAUCCUUCCUUGAAAUGCCUCUUAUUUUGCUGUUGGGAAUUUCACUGGUUUGACCUCUGGUAACAAACUACAUUCAAUCAAACUAUUUAUCUCGCCAUGGUUGGAUCAGUGCCACACGAACAGAGUGGGAAAUUGUACCCACAAAUCAGCAUAUGUGAUACUCAUUCUCCCAGUCCUGUUUGUAAUAUCACUUUCUCUGUCCACCAUGUCUUAUGUUUUGGCCUUGGUAUGCUGAUAUAGCUCUCCCUCACCCAGCACUCUCCCGCCAUCCCUGUCUUUGAGAUGUUCUAGCAGAAUGACCACACUUUUCUUUAAAUAACAAUUUCUUAACUUCUUUCCUAUUAUAGCUUACAGUUCUUUUCUCCCUUACUGUAUCACCCUCCCAAACAGUGUCUUUUUUUUUCCUUCACAAAUUUUUUGUCACCUGAUACCGAGGUUAUUCUGACAAUACAUGAACUCUCAGGUUUACUAAGUAGUCUUCUUUAGGCUGACAUAGAAAAACUAUAUUAUUCUAGCAAACAGUCAGACUAUGCUGAGAAAGUCUUGCACCAUGACUUGAAUGUUCAUCAAGUAAACAGCAGUGGGAAAUCUGAAAAAGUCAACUACUGACAUAUAAUUCCAUCACGUUAAACAUUAAAAGAUCCCUUUCUAAUAUGUAGGGGUUCAUAGGCCAAAUGUUCAUGAUUUCAGUAUAUUUUUUUUCACACAUUUAACAUAAAUGAAAACAGGAGCAAGAUUCUUUACUGAAUGCCCUUAGAAAAAUUAAGUGAUGCACCUCUGGGAGCAAUGUGACCAGAUGUGAAGCACAACCCCUUUGUCAGUCUGUCCAAGAUAACAUGAUUAACAUACAUUUUAUCUAGAAACUACCAAUUAAAUGCAUUUCCACUAUCAAAAACAAUCAGCUGGCAUGCCAUAUGACAUGCAACAGGGGGGACAUAUGGAAGGAACUUAUCUAUCAUGUUAAUUUGAACAAACUUAUGUUAAUUAAAAUACUGGCAUGAUCUUUAAUAGGCUCAGGUCACUCCAAUAUAAAUAUCAAGCAUUGUGUUCUAAUUGUACAGCUUGGUAAAGGCAACACAAGAGGGCUGAUGAGAUUAAGGGGACAGCUGGGGGUUAGGAAGGAGUCUGGCAAGGGACAGGUACCUGGAGGCUGGCACUACUCAGGGGACUUUGAGAAUCGGAAAGAGAGUAGGGCUUGAUGAAGGAGCUGCUAAAGGAUUGACAAGACAAGUAUUAGGGGAUGAGGAGGCUGCUGGGAGCUGAGGACUCUGAAGGAUGUUAAAAGAAUAUGAGGAUUACUGAUGGGUGAAAAGUCCCCGGGGAAUGAGGGGUUUCAAUGAGGUGAGAAGGCUUGCUACAAGCUGAGCCUGGGGAGGAUGAAGGAACUGCAAGAACAGGUUUGAAGUAUAUGCUACAGUGAGACAGUGAUUCUAUGGUUGCAUUCUUAGCACAUAAAAUAUUUAGUGUCAAGUGUCAAGUCAUGAGGGUGAGAAAAAACAAACAAAAGGGUUAUGAGAUUACAGACCUACCACAGAGGAAAAUGGCAUGCAAGAUAUUCUUUUUUGACACAUAAACUGUUACUUUCCUUAAAUUCAUCAAUGGACUCAAGCUACCUAUAGUCCACUAAUAAUGAUGAAAAAAUAUUCACUCUAAAAUGUCCAUUUCCUUUAGUUUUUUCUACAACUUAAUAAAACUUUCCACAGUGAGACAUGAAACAAAGCCAUGAUUUAUCCAAUUAUUUUACAGAUCCAAAUAUAAUUUCUGCUAUAAUUUACAGACAAUUUCUGACCUGACUACUCCCUCUAUGAAUGUCCUUUCUAAAUAUCAUGUCUCCAUUACAUUUUUUUCCUGGAGUAAUUCCCCAUUUAAAGCAUAACCAUGUCUUUUUUCACCAUUACUCAUUUUCUGCCAUAUGACUGCAUUCCUCUCACAAACUUCUUGAUCUCAUUCCAUUCUGUAUCUUUCUUUGUUGGCUCUUUAU